GGCGACCACGGAGGGGGGCGUGGCGUCCCGCCGGUCAAUCAUAAAAACACUGGACGCAACUUCACUCUUCCCCACUCACACCGGAGUCAAGACAGACUGAGGCAUCUCACAAACGAGGACUAGACCAACUCAGGCAAAAUGGUGAAAGUCGGUAUCAAUGGAUUCGGCCGCAUCGGUCGCCUGGUGACCCGCGCCGGAUUCGUCUCCAAGAAGGUGGAGAUCGUUGCUAUCAAUGACCCAUUCAUCGACCUGGAGUACAUGGUCUACAUGUUCAAGUAUGACUCCACCCACGGCCGCUUCAAGGGCGAGGUCAAGGUUGAGGGAGAUAAGCUGGUUAUCGAUGGACACAAAAUCACUGUUUUCCACGAGAGGGAUCCCGCCAACAUCAAAUGGGGCGAUGCCGGUGCCCAGUAUGUGGUGGAGUCCACUGGUGUUUUCACCACCAUCGAGAAGGCCUCUGCUCAUUUGAAGGGUGGUGCCAAGAGAGUCAUCAUCUCCGCCCCCAGCGCUGAUGCUCCCAUGUUUGUCAUGGGCGUCAACCACGAGAAGUACGACAACUCCCUCAAGGUUGUCAGCAACGCUUCCUGCACAACCAACUGCCUGGCUCCCCUGGCCAAGGUCAUCAACGACAACUUCGGCAUCAUUGAGGGCCUGAUGAGCACAGUUCACGCCAUCACCGCCACCCAGAAGACCGUGGACGGGCCCUCUGGCAAGCUGUGGAGGGAUGGACGUGGUGCCAGCCAGAACAUCAUCCCCGCUUCCACUGGUGCUGCCAAGGCUGUUGGCAAGGUCAUCCCUGAGCUCAACGGAAAACUGACUGGCAUGGCCUUCCGUGUCCCCACCCCCAACGUGUCCGUGGUUGACCUGACAGUCCGUCUGGAGAAACCCGCCAAGUACGAAGACAUCAAGAAGGUUGUGAAGGCCGCAGCUGAAGGACCCAUGAAGGGCGUUCUGGCAUACACAGAGGAUCAGGUUGUCUCCACAGACUUCAACAGCGACUGCCACUCCUCCAUCUUUGAUGCUGGCGCUGGCAUCGCCCUCAAUGACCACUUUGUCAAGCUGGUCUCAUGGUACGACAACGAGUUCGGCUACAGCAACCGCGUCUGCGACCUGAUGGCCCACAUGUCUACCAAGGAGUAAAACAACCAGUCGACUGAACAUCCCUGCACUGUGCCGCGUUACCCUCAUUUGUCUGAAUCCAGAGUUCUAGAUGUACAAGAAGACGUUGUAUUACCCGUUACUCUGAUUCCAGAUAGUUGACCCCCAUUAUACGCCUGAGGAAAGGUCCCACAGAGAGCAAAUGAAAGAUUUAAAUUGGUGACCAAUUAUUUUUUUUAUUUGUUAACUUCCCUGUUCUGUUCUUGUGUUGGAUGGCUUGAAGGUGUGAGUAUUUGCCUGUAGUACGCGCGUACUGCAGUCAAUGGUGGAAUAAAGUCCUCGAUUUGUGAGA